GCGGUGGUGUGCGUGUUUCCUUUUCUGUCUCUCGCCAUCAAGUCGUCCAUUGUCAAAGGUGUAAAAAACGACGUCUUUUCAAUUUCGCGUAGAAUAUUGGGUUGCACAAAAUGUAACUUUUCUCGGCAAAAAUCUAUUUUUUAGUUGCUUUUCGAACGGAAUCGCUCAAAGAGUUUCCGGUUCAAGAAAUUAACAUCCCGCAUACAAACUGUGAAUUAUAUCGGACAAUCUGUGUUUUCUUGAACAAAUUAGAACGGAACGCCUGUGGCGUUGGAUUUUAGGUGGCAGUGAUAUUAACCAAAUCAAAAACUUGCCCAAAAAGUGCCAUCAAACGGUGAAAAUAAUUGGAACAGGAUUCUGCCGGGAGAUUGUUUCCGGAGGGACCCUAAUACUGGUAAUACCGGAUGUGUAUAAAACAAGAAGCACUGGCCAACGCACGUUUCCAACGUUUUCGUGGUCGCAGUCGCCGCGAGAAAACUAACCAACAUUUGCGGCAGCUUUACAAUGACCGAGGAGAGCCUGGCCAGUGAGCAUCUUCGAAACCGGCAGUGGCAGAAAGCAAAAGAUAUAUAUGAUCAAAUCCUGAAUACACCCCCAAAUGACUCAAGACUAUCGAAGGAGCGCAUCAUCGCGUGUCUCUAUGGAAGAACUGAAUGUUGUCUAGAACUUAAGCAGUACGACAUCGUCGCGGAAGAUUGCCAUCGUCUACUAAGACUGCUGAAUAGUUCAGAUCGUGUCACCGAUUCGGCGAGUCCGAUCCCGUCAUCGGCAUCGUCGUCUUCCUCGACUUCGUCUAGUUCUUCAACGCAAAACAAUGCAACCGCUACAACAGAAUCAAAAGUAAGGAAACGGCUUAUCCACUCUUUGUUUAAACAGCAAAAGUUUGUUGAAGCCGAGAGCAUCCUUAAGGAAUGGUCUGACAACACCACCCACCACCAGGACAUCAAUCGGUAUCUGGAGCGUCUGAAGUCGGUGCUGAAGAUGGCAUCCGCUAAUUCUUCACCCACUCCAGCGGCAGGCGGAGUAGAUCAAGCAUCAAACUCCUCUGUGCAGCCGACGACAACAGACGGGACAACACCCGAUUCGCCGGUAGAUUCCUCCACUACACCAACUUCAACCAUUUCCUCGCUUUCAUCCAUAAACGAUGAAUAUGAGCAGAUAGAAACCAAAUUAGAGCACCUUAUCAUCAAUAACCUCCCUCCAGAUCGGUACACCAAACAGUUGGAUCAGAUCGAAAGUAAUCUACGCGCAACGUUUGGAAACCACGAACAAUCUAAUGGCGACAGUAAUGGGGACAGUGGCAGAAUUGACUCAUCUGGGUCUAGGGACGUCCACUCCAGCGAGAAAGAAUCUGCAUCUGAGGAUGGCAAUGACAUGGUGGACAACAAGUCCACCUAUAAUGGCAGCGACGAAAUCAACAACAGCGCCCAAAGUAACCGAAGCGACAAUGAAGACACGUCAAAGGAAUCCAGCGGAAGUGAAAAUCUAUCGUCGAAUAUGACUGCUAAUUCGAAGUCAUCGCCAACAAGCUCGUCCAGCGUGAACAGCUUCCAAAAACAGCUCGAUAAGAUCACCAACAUCAGCUGCGUUUACUGUACGCUCACCUUCGCGGACCGUUCGGAGCUGCGAGCACAUUGUCAAACGGAAAGCCAUCAGAACAUUAUUAUGUCGGAUGAAGGACGUGACUGGAAAUGGCGUCCACCUCCACGAGGCUACACAGCGGAAUCAUACGCAUUGUGUGAAAAUUAUCUGGAAAACCAAAUUUGCCACUACGGCAAUCAGUGCGUCGAAGCGCAUGGAACAGACGAACUGAAUGAGUGGAAGGAACGUUUCCAGUAUCGCACGAAAAAACUGGAAAGAGCGCGUGACAAAGAACUGUAUGGGAAAAGUUACACCGAACAGCUGCUGGAACGGUGGGUUCAGGCACCUAGUCCCGAUAAAGUGAUGAAAGAGAGAAUAGAAGGCGUGGAUGAGUCUUGCUCCCAGGAUCUCGUAACCACGGUGAGCUCUAAAGUGAGCAAACGGGAGUGGACAUUUGUGUUGAAAACACGGAAGUUGUUGAAAGCGGUAGCACUGCUCCAAGAUGCUCACCGGAAUCACUUUAUUAUCAAGCAGAUUUAUCCCGGCGUGAGUAAGAAGAUGGGUCAAUCCUCUCCUAGUAAUAGGGUGAUUGAAGCAGAACUGACGUCCGAUCAAGAAUGGGUUGCAGCUUUGGAAAACAAACUCAGCGAUCAAACGAACGAGAGCGGUGUCAUGUUGGAACAUAGAGUGAAAGUUGUCUUCAGCACGGAUAUCUACGGAACGUUCCGACAGGCGGUAGUAUUCGAUUUGGGAAGUGAGCCGGUACUUGUGAAACACCUGUGCGUGGACGUGGUUCCUGUUACAGAGGUAGACAAGAUACAAGAAAUCCGGAAAGAUAUUGUAAUGUCUACUUCGGAACGAUGGGACGAGACCAAUUCGGAGAUGAUAGAGUUCACAACAACCAUCAUCCCUCAUAUGUAUACUCCGGCCUAUGCUGCGGAUGCUGAACGUGAGAAGGACUUGCUGGCAAGGUAUCCUCUGCCGAAGGCAACAUCUUUUGUACUGACGCAAUCUACCAUCACAGAGAAAAAGCUGACUAAGAACAACUACAGAAACCGCAUUCAUGAGCUUUUGUACGUGGAAGAAAUCGCCCGGUAUGAACAAAUAGCUCGGUACAAUCUCACCACUAGAUUAACAAUAGCAACUAACUAUCUGUUGACACCGAGUGGCAUGGCCACCAGCACAGCCAAAUAUUCCCAUUCGGGUGAAUUAUUCGCGCUCAUGAAACUCGGAAAAGAUGUGUCGGAAGACACCUCCGCUGGCCGUUUGAUUUUGAACAAUUGCCAGGCUGUACUGAUCGCGUCGAAAGACCCCGUUCCUUCAGGAGAGAAGCGCAAAGUUUAUGAAGCCGUUAUUGAGGACAAGGGCAAAAAUAUGAUUUACCUUAAAGUAUCGGCUAAAGCUGUUGCAGGUCUCGGACUGAAAGCGGACACCGAAUUCGUAGCCGAUAUUCAGUUUCAGCCCAAUCGUCUCACAUACUGUGAGUGGCAUCAUGCGAUUGACAAAAUUGCCGAUUUCCGAAUAAUUUUUCCGGACAUCUACCUUGAACCGAGUAUUCCCUGGACACCGCAGCGCCAAUGGGACGCAUCUUUGGAUCCGAAGCUGAACUCCAAACAAAAAGAAGCUGUAGUUGCAGUGACAACACCCAUCAAUAUCGCCUUACCGCCGAUUCUGCUGAUUGGGCCUUUCGGAACUGGUAAAACGUACACACUGGCACAGGCAAUCAAACAGCUGCUGCUGCAGCCGGAGUCGAAGAUUCUCAUCUGCACCCACUCCAACUCGGCAGCGGAUUUGUACAUCAAGGAUUAUCUGCAUCCGUGGGUUGAGGAAGGCAUGGAAGAGGCCAAACCGUUGCGGGUCUACUACCACAAACGAUGGGUUGCUACGGUCAACAGCAUUGUGCAGAAGUAUUGCCUAAUAGACCUGAACAUCAAUGUGCGCAACUUUCGCCGACCAACGGUGGAGGAUAUUCUGAAACAUCGCAUCGUCGUUGUAACGUUGAACAUUUCGAUGGAACUGGCGUCCCUGGAUUUGCCGAAGGGACAUUUUACCCACAUAUUCCUCGAUGAAGCCGCACAGGCGAUGGAGUGUGAAGCGAUCAUGCCGCUGGCGCUUGCCACCGAAAAAACUCGCAUCGUUCUCGCUGGCGACCACAUGCAGAUGUCACCGGAACUGUUUUCCAACUUUGCCAAAGAGCGAAAGUUGCACAUUUCUCUGUUGGAGCGUCUGUACGAUCACUAUCCGAAUGAUUUUCCUUGCAAGAUCCUGCUGUGCGAAAACUAUCGAGCACACGAAGCUAUUACCAAGUUUACGUCGGAACUGUUCUAUGAACAGAAGCUGAUUGCAUCGGGUAAGCAACCGCGGCAUGAGAAGUUUUAUCCACUGACAUUUUUCACAACGCGCGGUGAGGAUGUGCAGGACAAGAACUCGACGGCUUUUUACAAUAACUCGGAAGUGUACGAGGUAGUCGAGAGGGUUUGCGAGUUACGUAAAAAAUGGCCGAGCUCGUGGGGGAAAAUCAACGAUCAAAGCAUAGGCAUAAUGACACCAUAUGCAGAUCAAGUUUUUCGUAUUCGUUCGGAGUUGAGAAAGCGUAGAAUGGGAGGGAUAAGCGUGGAACGUGUUUUGAACGUUCAGGGUAAACAGUUCCGAGCGAUAUUUUUGUCCACCGUGAGAACGAGAAGAACUUGCAAUACUUCUUCUAAUGAGGGCAGCAAAUCCUCCGAGGACGUUGAUUAUGGAUUUCUGAGCAAUUCGAAACUGUUAAAUACAGCGAUAACGCGUGCCCAGAGUUUGGUAGCCGUGGUUGGAGAUCCGGUAGCGCUGUGCUCGAUAGGACGCUGUAGGAAGGUUUGGGAACGUUUUAUAGAGAUAUGCUAUCAAAAUAAGAGUUUAUUUGGAAUUACUUGGUCCUUGUUGCGCUCGCAGUUGGAUGGGGUAGAGUUGAAGAAAACUUAUGUUCUGAAUCCACUUGCACCAGAAUUCAUACCGCGUGCAUUGCAGGCCGAAGCAUACCUACGAGAACAGGCAGCUAAUGUAACUGGACAGUUUCAUCAGCAAUCAACACACCAUGCCCAGCAUGCCAAUAACUACCAUACGCAAGUGAAUCAAAAUUUCCCGGCCGGACAUAGUGCUGGUAGUGGAGGGGGAGGAGGCGGUCCAACCAACAGCAUGAUGCGACAGAUCGUUCCACAACAACCAUUACAACAACCGCAACCUCCUUACAUAGGUCACGGUCCAACUCACGGAGGACAUCCACCUAUUCAGCAGCAAAACCAGCAGCAGUUUUCAUAUCAGAAUCCAAUGUUCUUCUACCAACAACAGCAGCAACAACCGCAACAACAGCCACUGCGAGGUCCACCACCUCAUCCUAAUUCUCUGGGACCUCCUGUGCCACCCAAUAUCCCCCAAGGACCUGCCGCAUUUCAGCCAAACACUCCCGCAAAUCUGUGGAGUGCCCCUGGGUCUGGUGGACAUUUUCCGAUGGUACCUUCCCCUGGUGGUCGUAAUACCCCGCCUGGCUGGCGAAUGCAACAAAAAAAUUCUGCUCAACCGAUUCGCCCACAGUUGGCCCAUAAUCAGCACAUGCAACUAACGGCAAGCGGCAGGCCACUUAUUCAACCGCCAUUAAGGAGUCCUGUAUCUCAACAGCAACCGCUACCUGCUGUUCCACAGAUGCCUUAUCUUCAGCAACCUCAAAACAAAAAUUUGCAGAACUUUGCUCCAUUUACCCAUCAUCAGGCUCACCCCUCUACUCUUGGCCACCAUCAACAACAGCAGCAGCAGCAGCAACAACAACAACAGGUCCAACAACAACAGCAACCCCAUCAACUGCAUCAAAAUCACAUACGACCUAUCCUUGGCGGUCCCAUAAGCCCUAGUUCCUACCAACAACAGCAGCAGCAACAACAACAAACCCAUCAGGCAUCUAUCUACACUCAGCAAGAUCCAUAUCUGUCGAAUCUUUCGAAUGAUCUGAUGGCUUCAAUAACAGCGAGAGCCACCCAGCUACAAAUACCUUCGGCACACGCUCCGCAAAGUUUGCUACAUCAACAAGGUCAGAAAUUAAACCCACUGCGGAUAGAUGACCGCCUCGACAAAGACAUACAAUUUCUUCAGAAUGUACAUUUUCCAGAAAAGUACGGUCAGACGUCUCAAUCUUUGCAACAACAACAACAACAGCUUCAGUCCCAACAACACCACAUUCAACAGCAACAUCAAUCUCAUUCUAAUGUGGUAAGUUCAGGUUCAGAUUUUAAUCAUUUGCUACCGCCCAACAUGAGCUUCCUGGAUGUAGCUCUCCAGAGCAAAGAAUACCAAUACAUCUGGUUUAUCAAGCUGACAGAAACCCAUGGGCUUGAUGCUGCAAACAAGUUUAUCGACAUCCUUCGACAGGUUCCAACAAUGGCAUCUACAUCAGGGCACCCCAACCAACAACCGCAGAAGAAGCUCAACACGAUGGUACCAUCCCAAGCUGACCAGUUUCUCGAUAACUUAUUGAACCCCAACAAAGACGUACUGGCACCGACGAACCUUCAACAGCCGACCAUUCUGCACCAACCCCAGAACGCGUCCAUUACAAAUGGAAAUGCUCUGCUAGCAGGAACAGGCGGCACCGGGAAAAGCUUGCUCGAGAACGUGGACUUGUUUGGAAAUCUUUCAUCGUCGUUGCAGAACGACAUCCCACUGAUUGGUUCAAACUCGUCGGCGUCGUCUUCGCAGCAGUCCGUUCCCUUGUACCGUCGACAAGCCGGUCAAAACUACCAGAACAGCACCGCAUCUUCGUCCAACAACCAAUCAAUAGCAUCAUCUACACCGGAUCUGUUGGAUAAUCAUCUGCAACAGUCCCUUUUCGAAGCUUUGGAUACCAAGCUACAUUCUAAUAAUGGCAGUAUGAUGUUCAACAAUCAAAAUCCGUCUCAAUAUGGAGUCGGGGAUCAAACAAGUGGUUUCCAGGGGUUUCCAUCAAUACAUAAUCUGGCGGCAGGACUGAUGCAGCAUCAGCACCAACAACAGCAACAGCAGCAGCAACAACAGCACAGCCUCAGCAGCCGUGAGUUCUGGCAUCAACUACAACAACAGCAGCAGCAGCAACAACAGCAACAACAACAUCACCAUCAACAGCAGCAGCAGCAGCAUUUGCUUGACAAUCGCGGCGCUUCUGUCGCCAGCACGGUUGAAGAGCUGUUGAACCGUCAAAAUCAAACGUACGCUAGUGUGCUGAGCCAGGCUGCAGGUGGAGGCAAACAGCUGUCGGGUCUCCCGAAAGAUGGUAACGGAGCGAGCGACGGCAGCGGCGGAUCGGGUCCUGUCCCGUUCGCCGCCCUGCGAGAUCUAGGCCGGAAGAGCAACGGUUUUUACAACUACUUUCAGUAGGAUGGUCAGAGCGCGGUACGACGGCGACACUCGAGGUAAGUGAUAUUUUUUUUGCGACAGAUGUGAAGCGUGUGGUCGCAAGGUAUGAUGAUUCUCUUUUAAACUAUAGACGAUGUAAUUUGAAUCGAACGGGGUGAUAAAUGCGAAGGAGAGUAUAUUGUAGGAAUACAAACAACAAUGAUUGUUGAAAUAGGAGGUAAUCAUCAAAAUCAAGACUGGAGAGAAAACCGGACAAGUCUGGUAGUAUUGAAUAACAAAUUUCAUUUAAUUUUAUCAUUUUGAGUUAGGAUUAAAUUAUAUUGUAAGAAAAAAUUAAAACUUGUAUACCUACUAAUUAACAA